GCAAUGGUUGUAACAGCACAUCAGGCGGUAACAUGAGUACAUCAGUUCCUGGCGACAACCUUCUGACGUCUACAUCUACUCCUCGCAACAACGGUAUGGCGUCUUUAGCGCUACCCACAACUGCUAAAUCAGCAGCUGCUGCUCAACAAAGUCAAAGUCAAGGUG